GCUCUCUGUUUGCAGAUGUAUGAUAAGCCAAGUAGCGAGCUAUAAUAACUGUACUGAACUUCCAAACUCUGGAAGGACCCUUGCCUAGGCAUUGGCUCAGUCCUUGAAUGACGACUGCUUGCAUUCUGAAAUAGAUAAAAUGGCGGCAGCAGUUCCACACAUGAAAAUUGAUCCACAGAAUCUGCAGAUUCAGACACGUACUGUGGAAAAGUUGCUGGAACCCCUCAUCAUUCAGGUUACCACUUUAGUGAAUUGCCCCCAGAAUCCAUCCAACAAGAAAAAAGGUUGUUCUAAAAGAGCCCGUGUUAUCCUUGCUUCUGUGGAAGAGGCUACCUGGAACUUACUGGACAAAGGGGAGAAAAUUGCUAAGGAGGCCCCCUUUUUUGUGGAGGAACUUAAUGCUGCGCUUCGUGAUGUUCGCAGAGAAAGUGAAGCUUUAAGGAUAACAGCAAAAAAAUUCACAGAUGAUCCUUGUUAUCUGCCUAAAAGGGAAGCAGUUGUCCAAGUUGCACGAGCGCUUUUGGCUGCUGUUACAAGACUUCUUAUUCUGGCUGAUAUGAUUGAUGUCUCGUACCUGUUGCAGCAUCUAACCAUGGUUCAAAGAACAUUUGCGUCUCUUCAGAACAUAUCUAGCAAAUCUGAGCUACAGAAAACAUAUACCAAUCUGCAGAAAGAGUUGAAAAAGUUGGAUCAUUUGGCAUACAAGCGACAACAGGAUUUAAAAUCUACCAGUCACCGAGAUGACAUUGCCGCAGCACGUGCUUCUCUGAAGAAAAAUUCGCCUCUUCUGCUCUCCAUUUGCUCGGCUUGUUUGGAACAUUCCGACAUUGCAUCUCUUGUUGCCAGCAAGGACUCAGUGUGUAAUGAAAUACAGAAUGCCCUUGAUGCUAUUUCUAAAGCUUCCCAAGGAAUUGGAAAUGAAAAGGUGCAGCCCAUCUCACAGUCGGCUACUCUUGGAAGUGCCCUUGAUGAACUUGAGAACUUAGUUACCUUGGAUCAUCUUCCUGUGAAUGAAGACAAAAUUAGGCCAUCACUGGAGAAGCGUUUAGAAGGAAUUAUCAGUGGAGCUGCCUUAUUAGCAGAUUCCUCCUGCACACGUGAUGUUCAUCGUGAACGUAUCAUCACUGAGUGCAAUGCCAUUCGACAAGCGCUCCAAGAUCUUCUUUCCGAAUACAUGAAUAAUGCUGACAAGAAAGAAAAGAGCAAUGCCUUGAAUAUUGCAAUAGAUAAUAUGUGCAAGAAGACAAGAGACCUCCGCAGGCAGCUUCGCAAAGCUAUCAUUGAUCAUAUCUCCGACUCCUUCUUGGAUACUACUGUUCCACUUCUAGUGCUCACUGAAGCAGCUAAAAAUGGAAGAGAAAAGGAAAUAAAGGAAUAUGCAGCUAUAUUUAAAGAGCACACAUGCAGACUUAUUGAGGUGGCUAAUCUUGCUUGUUCAGUAUCAACAAAUGAAGAAGGAAUUAAAAUUGUCCAAAUGGCAGCCAGCCACAUGGAGACUUUGUGCCCUCAGGUUAUCAAUGCUGCCUUAGCUCUUGCGGCCAGACCCAAAAGCCAGGUGGUGAAAAGCAACAUGGAGAUGUAUAAAAACACAUGGGAGAAUCACAUACGUGUGCUCACUGAAGCUGUGGAUGACAUUACAAGCAUUGAUGACUUUCUUGCUGUAUCAGAAAGUCAUAUCCUUGAGGAUGUCAACAGAUGCAUCAUUGCAUUGAGAGAACAGGAUGCCGAUGAUUUAGAUCGCGCUGCUGGUGCCAUCCGAGGGCGUGCAGCAAGAGUGGCACACAUUGUUUCUGGAGAGAUGGACAAUUAUGAGAUCGGGACUUACACUGAAGGAGUGAUGAGAAGCGUGCGACAUCUUACAAAUACGGAAUCAGCACCCCAGAAGAGGAGCAAAUGUAGUUCUACUGGAUUCAAAGGUCUCUCCUCUCUUACCCAUCAAGUGAUGCCAGAGUUUAUUACUCAAGUCAACACGGCCCUGGAAAAUUUAAGCAGGAAUACGAUGCAUCUGUUUGAUGACAAUCAGUUUGUUGAUAUCUCUAAGAAGGUCUAUGACACAAUUCAUGACAUUAGAUGUUCGGUUAUGAUGAUUCGGACACCAGAAGAAUUAGAAGAUGUGUCAGAUUUUGAAGAUGACCACGAUGUGCGCAGCCACACCAGUAAUCAGACCGAAGGGAAAACUGACAGGGCAAAGAUGACUCAGUUGCCAGAGGCUGAGAAAGAAAAAAUAGCUGAACAAGUGGCUGACUUUAAGAAAGUCAAGAGUAAGCUGGACGAGGAGAUUGAAAUCUGGGAUGAUACCAGCAAUGACAUCAUUGUUCUGGCGAAGCAGAUGUGUGUGAUUAUGAUGGAGAUGACAGACUUCACAAGGGGUAGAGGUCCAUUGAAGAAUACAUCAGAUGUGAUUAAUGCAGCAAAAAUGAUCUCAGAGUCUGGAUCAAAGAUGGAUAUGCUUGCUAGGCUCAUUUCUAACCAGUGUCCAGAUCUGUCGUGCAAGCAAGACUUGCUGGCUUACCUGGAACAGAUCAAAUUGUAUUCCCACCAGCUCAAAAUCUGCAGUCAAGUUAAAGCUGAAAUCCAGAAUUUAGGUGGAGAGCUCAUCAUGUCAGCGGUAAGUGCAAAUUGUUCAGUGGACAUUUCAUUAUUGCAGUAUCUUCUAGUUACAGGCUGUUCUCCAAUCAGGCAAGAUGUCAGAUUCAUGAGAAGAAUGCAUUCAUCAUUUGUAGGUGCAGCAGUUUGUACCCCGCCCUCACGUUUGAACUUCAUAGUGGGAGGGAAUGCUAAUUUUUUAAUCUAGGUGCCUAUUAAAUCAUAUUUUCCUAUUUCAUUCAUUUUCUUUGGUCAAAAAGGCUGAGAUGUACUGUCAUGAAGAUUUUAGUUUUAAUUUAAGAAUCAUACCUCCAACAGGGGGGAAUGCGGAUAUGCAAAACUGUUUUGCAGAAAGUAUUUAUUUAUUUAAAACUUUUCUACCGUGUUUCCCCAAAAAUAAGACUGGGUCUUAUAUUAUUUUUUGGUCCAAAAUUCGCACUAGCGCUUAUUUUCAGGUGGUCUUAUUUUUUCAUGUACAACAAUCUACAUGUAUUCAUUU